CGAUAUAGGUAUAAAUAUUGAGCCGUGACACUGAUGCGCCCGGCGCCCCCCUCCCCCGCACUCCGGGCACACUCUGGGCUGCUCCGCACGCCCCCUCUUGUCCCGCUGCGUCCCGCUCGGCGCUCAUCCCCAAGGGGCCCCAGCAACCUCUUCCUUUCAAAGACAGCACGAGCCGUGCUGGGGAAGAAAAGUAACUUGGUUUUUCUCCGAGAAACCUGGCCGGAUUAGGCAGCCAGGGCGAGUAGAGGGGAGAAUGAGGGGAGCUGGUGGAACCCGAUGGAAGUCUCCCGGGCAGUCUGAUCACACUUUCUCCUUGUCCUCCGGUCUCCUCCUCCUAGGUGCAGAGAUUGUGGGCAGACUACGUAAUCGCUGCGGAGGGGGAAGAGGAGGGAUCUCCGGCGGCGGCGGCAGGGCGCGGAGACUCAGCUGGGCGGAGUUUCGCGGCUGCGCCCGGCUUGCGCCCGCGGGCGAGAAGGUCGGUCCGUCUAGCCCGGGGGCCCCCGAGGCGUGUAAGUCAGAGAGUACGCACCCCGGUUCCUCUGUGCCGCACCGACAGCCUGCAGCCAGCAAGGAGAAGGACAGCCUGGGUGGCGCCGAUCAGAGUACGAGUGCUUGGCAGAGAUCGGCGAAGGCCCCCGACCUGAAGAAUGGCGGCCGCUUCCUGAUUCCGAAGCGCCAGCGAGUACAGACCAGUGAGGAGGACUUGCGGCUCUCCACCGUCCGUGAGGUGGCGGUGCUGAGGCACCUGGAGACCUUAGAGCAACCCUACGUGGUCAGGUUUUCUUCAAGAUGCCACUACCCACAGAGAGACUGAACCUGUCUUCCUGAGGUGAUCCUGAAUAAGGAACAGCCUGGCGACAGAGUGACGAGAGCCUGGCGACAAAGUAACGAGAGCCUGGCAUGAUGGUGGAUGGGCCUCCCCCUUUAUAAGCUCAGACUCUUAAGUAAACUUUGGGCCUUGAUCAGUAUCUUUGUCUUGGUCUCAAAUUUCUCUCACCAUCUUUUUCCAUACAGCCCCAGCCUCCCGUUCAGGAACCCGGUUCGUGUAGCUGUGAGCGGCUACAAUGUACAUAUGGAGUUACCAGCCAGUCACUGUACACAGUGAAAGCCUUUCUCAAUAAAUAUGUAUUAAUAAAUAAAACUGAGGAUGGUACAUAUAUGUUACAUGUAAUUAGCAUGUAACAUGUUAAUAAUUAGCACACAUGAAUAACAUACAUACAAUUAACAUUAGGUGAUAUGUGUGCUGUUAGAGACACCCCACAUUAAGCUCAAGAUGCCUGGGACCCCUAAUGACACUGCAUUUUUUCUUCUAUUCCUUUAAAAAAGGAGAAGAAAACUAAACAGAGAGUUCUUAAAAGAUGAAAUACAAAUGAGUGAGAAAUAGUUUUAAAUUCUUCAAUUCUAGAACACUCUCUAUCAGAGACCCUGCAGCACAGAUGCAGAUCUACCCAAAUCUCACAGUUGCUUGCUAGGAGCAUCCACCUCCUCCUGGUCCAUCUCCCUUUCUCUGGGACUCUUCAGAUCACCACAGAGAAUGUACUGGAAUUGUAAGUGAGCAGAGUUUCAGAGCCCUGCCAACUGUUUGAAUUGGAGCCUCCAGUUGCUUUCUCUAUCUUGCCUUGAGACUCAAGCUUAAGUGUGAUGAAAUCCCAACAUAGAUGGGGGGGGGGGAAUAAAACUGAAGUUUCUCCCCUAGUUAAGGAGUGAUUGGUUACUGAUAACUGCUGGGAGAAGAAUGAUCCGUUUUCUUUAAGAGUGUGGCCUCUGGUGGUUGACCAUGAGGUACUAAAGGCCACACAUUCCAGAUCAACACAAACAGUACUUCAUGAGUUUUUCAAAUACAAGACACUGUGUUAGGUAGCUAGAGAAGAAGGAGUAGAUCUGAAAGACAUGAUGGGGGAGGGGAAUAUAAUCCAAAUACAUUGUAUGAAAUUCACAAAGAAUUGAUUUGUAAAAUAUUACAUACCCUGAGCCACCAAAGAAAUAUAAAUUAUAAUUUGAGAUUUUUUCAUCUUAACCCAGUCAAAAUAGUUAAGAUAAAACAUGAUAAAUAUUGUACUGAUGUGGGGAAAGUAUCUCCUCCUAUGAUAUAUAUCAUAUGUAUGUAUAUAAUAAAUAUCUCAUAACCUAGCUAUACACUCAUUCACUUUUCAUUGCUGUUCUAGUCACAAUAGUAAAGAAAUGGAGAUAGCCUCAAUGAGCAUCAAGGGAUGAGUGGAUAAUAAUAGCAUUUACAUGCACACAAUGGAAUAUUAUUAAGCUGUUAAGAAAAAUAAAAAUGUAAUUUCACAGAUAAUAGAACUGGAAAUAACCAUUCUGACUGAUGUAGCAGAGACUCAAAAGACAAAUGUCACAUGUUCUCUUUUACUUGUGGUUGUUAAAUUUGAAUCUUAUAUGUAUGUCUCAUUUGGAAUGUUCAUAUAUAUUUGACUUUAUACUUCCAAUAAAAUAGUUAAAUCUGU